AUGCCGCACCACUCCGCGAGUGAAGGAGCAGCGCCAGCGAGUUCUGAUUUCGCAUCAAUAAUUGAAACCAUUGAUGAACGGCUCUCAACGAUAGAGCGCCUGCUACAAGAUCUCACCCUUUCGUUGCCGGCGGCUACGGCUUCACAAUCCUCGACUAAACCUCCAGAACCUCCCUCAUCAUCCAGGCGUAAUGAACGGCCAAGCGGGCCUACCGUCUUACAGGGUCCAGAAGGAUCUGAAGCAAAGCGUACUCCAGAGUUUGAGGGUGAAUCAUCAUUUAGUGCCCACUCGUUGCAUGCGAGCGCACUUUUUGAGAAUGCCAUGAAAAGAGUACCCUUUGCACAUGUCCCUAUGAUGUCCCAUGCUCUAUCCGCACUACAGGAUAUUAUAAAACGACAAUCUCUUCCGUCCUCUGUGAACGUUCUAAGAUUCCCGGGCCAGACACCCAAAGAGAGGAUAAAGCUUUCCGACUUGGAGCUACCCCCCUCGAAUGCUGUUUUAGCCCUGUUACGACUCGCAAAUGACCACCCGCCUCUUUUCUUUCUAACUCUUCCCGUGAUGGACACAAGUCGUUUUACGCAGAUGUGUAAAGACCUGUACUUUUGCACUGAGGAAUACUCGUCAGGGCGAUUCGGGUCAGUCAAUGCUAUAUUGGCACACAUCUUUAAGGAGUUUGCCUUCCGAUUCAAAGAUGACCCAGCUACUACCAAAUUUCAGGAAUAUAGCGAUCUCUGCAUGACGAAUUUUAUAGCAGUGAUAAGUUCAUUUGAUAUAUUCACAGAGCCAACCGUGGACAACCUUAUGGCUUUGACAUAUGCUAUCGACACUAGCAAUGCUUAUCAUAAGGCACAUAUUCAAUGGAUUGUCCCAGCAUCAGAGUUGACCUAUAAUCUAAUGGCAACCAUAAUACAACGUGCAGCCCCACCGUCCCAGCCUCCUGAGACGCCUUCCGGGCUCAACCUCCAAUGCGUACAAGCAGCCCGAAAGGCUUUGCAGAUUCACCAGCAAAUAUUCGUCUCUUUAGAGAAGGCUGAUUCAUUCUUCUUCAACGGCUAUAUUACUUGGGUUCUUCUACAAUGCCCCUUUGCCCCGUUCAUGGUAACAUUCUGCCACACUAUUGCGGCAUCUGACUUAGAGGACCUAAACCUGCUUGGCGAAGUUGCAACUUCCCUUCAGGCAGCUGCAGGUGUAUCUGAGGCAGCAGACCGAUUAUAUCGGCUAUGUUUAGUCUUCUAUCAGGUUGCAAAAUUAUAUGUCGACGUUCAACCGAAAGAACCGCAUGAUUAUCCCGUUAUACCAAAACCAGGAGAGGAGUUUGACGACUACUUAACUUCCCUUGGGUUUGGGCCCAACACUUUGACGCCAUCUACAAGUGAUGGCAACAAUAUUACCAAUUUCAAUGAUCCAGCUGAUCCUUCUAUGGCAUCAUUCCAAAUCCCAACUGAGCUGAUGGACACUGAUAUGUCGCAUACUUUUGGAGACUGGUUCCUCGACAACCAAUACAUGAUGGGUCUUCUAGACUCGGAUUUGUAA